AUGAGUGCGGGUGCUCCAAGCAUACCCAAGGUGGCCCUGCUCCCGGCUCGUCUCCUCCAUACGUCACGACACUGCUCCACGCAAUGUGCUGUGAUACGCCCUCAGAUUCAGCCAAAAUUCUUCCAGAAUGACUGCAGAGCUUACCAUGAUAGGCGUCCCCGUAUAGAACCCUUAAAUGACCGUAGCCGUCAUCCGUUUUGCAAGGCCUUUCACUCAUCUUCGCCCUCCCAAGCUACACGCGACCCGUACCGUGUACUCGGAGUAGGGAAGAAUGCAUCUGCCGCAGAAAUUAAACGGGCAUACUACGGACUGGCCAAAAAAUAUCACCCAGAUACGAACAAGGAUGCUAAUGCGAAGGAAAAAUUUGCAGAAGCCCAGUCAGCGUACGAGCUGCUUUCAGAUGCAGAAAAGAGACAAGCAUACGAUCGUUAUGGCUCCGCGGCAUUCGACCAAAAUGGCGGUUUCAAUCCUGGCGCCCAUGACGGUACUGGUGGUCCAUUCUCCGGAGCAGCCACCGGUGGAUUCCACGGGUUUGGCGGCGGGUUCCCUGGUGGUGGGUUCUCUGCGAAUAUAAAUUUCGAGGAUCUUUUUGGUGCCUUUGCGGGUGGUUCGGGGCGGAGGGGUCGGUCGAAGGGUGGGCCGUUCCGGUCUACAGUGGUUGAAGGUGAUGAUAUUGAAGUACAGACAAAUAUCUCAUUCAUGGAUGCGGCCAAAGGAACGACGAAGGAAGUUUUCAUAACUCCCCUUGUUCAGUGCGGUACUUGUGACGGCGAGGGGACAAAACAGGGUACAAAGCGGGCACAAUGCAAAACAUGCAAUGGUACGGGGUCACAAGUUCAUUUCAUCCAGAGUGGAUUUCAUAUGGAAAGUACCUGUUCCUCGUGCGGCGGUGCAGGUGUUUCCAUACCCCGGGGAUCCGAAUGCAAUAUCUGCGGCGGUGAUGGCGUUAUCCGGGAACGAAAAACGGUGCAUGUCAAUAUCCCAGGGGGCGUGGAGGAUGGAAUGCGGUUGCGAGUGCCUGGAGAGGGAGAUAUGCCUCCAGUAGAACCCGGUGCUCAAAUGCGGCGUGGUGAUCUUUAUGUCUUUAUCAAGGUAGCCCCUGAUUCCCGAUUCAGCAGGUCUGGUUCGGAUGUCCUGUACACAGCGCAGAUUCCUCUCACAACGGCACUGCUUGGUGGCGAAGUCACAGUCCCCACGCUUGACAACGAAGUUAAAGUGAAGGUGGCCACGGGAACGGGCACCGGAGACAAAAUCACCCUAUCUGGAAUGGGAAUGCGGAAGCUUGAGGGUCGGCGUGGCCAGCAGGGUGACCUCAAGAUUGAAUUCAAGGUUGCCAUGCCGAAAUACCUGACUGCGAACCAGCGAACCAUUCUGGAAGUGCUUGCUGACGAGAUGGGCGACGACACCGCUCGACGCAUGAUGAACGUCCACAAAUACGACAAGCCUUCCUCUCCCGGCUCUUCCUCGUCGGGCAAAAAAGAUAGCAGCAACAGCAGCACUGCCAGCAGUGACUCACACAAAAAUGAAGGCUUCCUCAAGUCUGCAUGGCACAAACUCAUGCAACACAAUAACGGCAACAAGGACACAGGGUCUGAUGGCAAUACCAGCGACGGGAACAAGACCGACGAAUCGAAGAAAGCCUCCGGCUCGGGGUGA